UGAAUGAAUGAAUGAAUGAAUGAAGAGGUAUUGAGGCUGUCCUACCUGAAGCCGAAGCGCCAGUCUCCCGGCUGCUGCCGGGUGGGCGGACGGGCGGCUACUCCACACAGUACGGUAGACGCGGGCCGCUCCUCCUCGAGCCCCGCUCGCGCCUCCUCCUUCCCUCCCGCCCCCUCCUCGUCCUCCUCCUCCUUCGUCGCCCGCCCGCCGGCCGGCCGCCCGGACCCCAGUCCCCGGCGGGCGGGCAGAGGAGGCGGCCGCCCCGCUCUACUGCGCUGGCCCCGCCGCAGCCGCCCGGCGCGCAGCGAUGCGCAGAGGGGCCGCGCCGCCCGGGGGCCGCCGCCGCCGCGCAGCACCAUGAAGCUCCGCAGCAAGGCGGCGGCGCUGCUCCUGCUCGCGCUGGCCGCGCUGCUGCUCGCGCUGCUGUCUCUGCGCGCCGGCCGCGCCGAGCCCCCCGCGCCGCCCGCGCGCCCCGCGUCCGCCCCGCAGCGCCACCCCGCGCCGGCCCCCGCGCGCCUCCCGGGCCCGGGCGCCUUCCCGGGGGCCGGUCCGCGCGCUCGGCGGCGCCGGCCCCCGCGUCCGCGCCCCCGAGCCGGCCGCCGGGGCGCCGCGAGCCUGGAGAAGUUGGCGAGGAGGCCUGGAGAACUCAGGAGUUUCCAGGCUGUGCUGCCUCCAGAGCUCUGGAUCCACUUGGCCGUGGUGGCCUGUGGCAAUCGGCUGGAGGAGACACUGGUCAUGCUCAAAUCAGCUGUACUCUUUAGCCACAGGAAGAUCCAGUUCCACAUCUUCACAGAAGACUCUCUGAAGCCCGAGUUUGAGAAGCAGUUACGACAGUGGCCUGACUCAUAUACAAAGAAGUUCGAGCACCGAAUCUACCCCAUCACAUUUUCGGUUGGAAACCCUCAGGAAUGGAAGAAAUUAUUCAAACCGUGUGCUGCUCAGAGACUCUUUCUUCCGGUGAUUUUAAAGGAUGUGGAUUCACUUCUCUAUGUGGACACUGACGUUCUCUUUCUGAGACCUGUCGAUGACAUAUGGAAGCUUCUGAGGCAGUUUAAUGCCACCCAGCUUGCAGCCAUGGCCCCUGAGCAUGAAAUCCCCAAGAUUGGCUGGUACAGCCGCUUUGCUCGGCACCCUUUCUAUGGCUCUGCGGGAGUUAAUUCAGGAGUCAUGCUGAUGAAUUUAACUCGUAUAAGAAGUGCCCAGUUUAAGAACAGCAUGAUUCCAACAGGCUUGGCUUGGGAGGACAUGUUGUACCCUCUGUACCAGAAGUACAAGAAUGCCAUCACAUGGGGAGACCAGGAUUUAUUAAAUAUUAUUUUUUAUUUCAAUCCAGAGUGUCUCUAUGUGUUCCCGUGCCAGUGGAACUACCGUCCCGAUCACUGCAUGUACGGAAGCAACUGCAAAGAGGCUGAGCGGGAAGGCGUGUCUGUUCUGCACGGGAACCGAGGCGUCUACCAUGAUGAAAAGCAGCCAACUUUCAAAGCACUCUAUGAAGCAAUACGGGAUGUAAGUGUGUUCUUGCCGCUGUUCAGCAGACACAUGCUUGUUCAGCACGAGACGGUACAGGCGCUUUGGUCACCAGUGCCUUUGAAGGCCAGAGAAUCCCCCAGAAGCAUUUCCCUUUCAAGACAAUCUCUUUCAAUCCAUGUAUUACCCUCUCCAGCUGAAGUUUUUGGAGACUGUGCACACUUUAUGUGGACGAAUCCCACAAGUGUUUUUGAAGCAAAUCGAGAAAACAAUGAAAAGGGCUUACGAGAAACACGUCAUCAUCCAUGUGGGCCCCAACCAGAUGCACUGAAUAUUUUUCAUAUUGUUGCAAGUGGAUUGGGCAUCUCAAGAACAAGGACAUGUCCAUCUUUAAGCUGCCUGGGUCUCUUUCGUGUGAAUAUUUAAUGGUGCUCUGUGACAAUUGCGUUUUAAAAGCUUUGUUAAAUGUUGCUGAAUUAGUCACCCCUAAAAGGAAAUGUGCUUUAAUUUUUUCUAAAAUGGUAUUUAUCUCUCUCUUUUUAAAAAAAAAAAAUAUUAUUACACACUUAGCAUUGUUCAAGCAGGUUGAGCUAGCUGUGAAGAGGAACUUUUGUGAGCCUUCCAUUUCCUGUUCAGUGUCUGAGACAAUGUCAGAGGCAUCUCGUGUUGUAUAUUUAUCUAGUAUUCUUGAGACUCUUUCUAUGUCAAUGACUCCCCCAUACCCUUCUUGUAAAAGUAAUACAUGCUUGUUGUAAAACAGAAAAAUGUUCAAAGGUUGUAGAGGAGCGGGGCGCCUGGGUGGCUCAGUUGGUUAAGUGUGUAACCCUUGAUUUUAGCUCAGGUCAUGAUCUCACG